UGCUAGCUGCACCUGCAUUACCGUCGUCAGCGGCUGCUGCCUCCCGUCCUCCAUUCUCGACCCUCUUCCCAAUCCCCCUCUCCUCUCUUCCUUCGCAGUCCUCCCCGCUUCGAAGGCAGGGGGGGAGUCCGAUUCAUCUUGAAUACGGCCCACACGAACCAGUCAACAUGCAUACUGAGUCGAAGUAAACCAGCGUCCAUGGUUGGAUGACUGAUUUCUCCGCUCCCGGGCAUGCGAUCGCCUGCCCUUCCUGCGCCGCCCCAUCUCCAGAACUUCUCCUCUUUGUCCUCCUGCAGAGGUCAGCGUCAAGGGUCGUAAAGCAGGGGCUGCUGGGAUCUUAUGUUUGGUGAUGAGAGGUUGUAAAGUCUUAAUAAUUGGGAAUUUUAAAGUAGGAUUGAAGGGGAAGCAGCAUGAGAAACAUUCUCAAGAAGCUUCACAUCGUGCCGAGCCAGCCGGAAGAUGCUGAGGCGUCGGCAUCGUCAUUGCCGACUGGAGGCAACAGCAUCAGCAGGUCUCCAUCUCAUCACCCAUCCAAUCCUGAGCAGAAGCACUUGUCUGGUCUCUCCAGUUGGUUGAAUUCUGUUAGCAGCAGGCAUGCCAGUGCCGGUCCAAGUCCUCCUUCUUCAUCGUCUUCUUCAUCAUCCACCACCUCAUUGAUUGCUAGGGGAGAGAGAAGAGAGCAGAAGGAUGGCUCGGGGGACUGCUCGUCUGCUGCCUCGGAAGUCGUGCUUGACAGGGUGAGGAGGGCUUCGGAGUCGAGCAGGUUGGAGGAGCCGGAUGCGGAAGAGGAGUAUCAGAUACAGCUCGCUCUUGAGAUGAGUGCAAGAGAGGACCCGGAGGCGGUCCAGAUUGAGGCUGUGAAGCAGAUUAGUCUUGGCUCAUGCGCUCCGGAGAAUACCCCAGCUGAAGUUAUGGCUUACAGAUACUGGAAUUAUAAUGCCCUUAGCUAUGAUGAUAAGAUCUUGGAUGGCUUCUAUGACCUCUAUGGUAUUUUGGUUGAGUCUUCAUCGAUAAAGAUGCCCUCCCUUGUUGAUCUGCAAGGAAUGCCAGUUUCUGAUAGUAUCAGUUGGGAAGCUGUCUUGGUCAAUAAAGCUGAAGAUGCUGACCUCUUAAAACUUGAACAGAAGGCCUUAAUGAUGUCUCUUGAAUCAAGGUCAGAAUCUUCUAAUUUUGCUGCCAGUGUUUUGGUGCAGAGACUUGCUAUUUUGGUUGCCAACUACAUGGGUGGAAUAGUUUAUGAUCCUGAAAGCAUGUUGAAAUCAUAUCAAAAUCUUAGUAACUACUUAAGAGCAAGCGCUGGAAACAUGGUGUUGCCUCUUGGCCGUUUAACAAUUGGUUUGGCUCGACAUCGUGCAUUGUUGUUUAAGGUUUUGGCUGAUAGUUUGGGCAUUCCUUGUCGGUUAGUGAAAGGAAAGCAGUAUACUGGAUCAGAUGAUGGAGCUUUGGAUAUUGUAAAAUUCAAUGAUGGAAGGGAAUACAUCAUUGAUUUAAUGUGGGACCCUGGUACUCUUAUUCCGUCAGAUGGUGCAGGACUGACUCAUGAAUUUGAAGAUAAUUUCUUUUUUGUUAAUCCUUCUGUUAAAGAUAUUGUCAGCAUUCAUCUGGGCUCUUCUAACAGUGAGUUAUCAAAUGCUACCAGUUCUUAUUCCCAAAAUGAGCCACUCAACAGGAGAUCUCCCAAUCGGGACACUCCAGAUAGUGGUCGAGUCACAAGAUCUGAUUUUAGUAAUCAAGAUAGCCAAAAACUAAUUUCUUCACCUUCUUCAAGCAAUUGGUAUAUAAACAAAAAUCUGAAUAUGCUAGAUGUUUCUGGAAAUUUUGACACUGAUGGCAUUACAAUGACUCAAGAAGCAUCUGGUAGGGUAAGUCACCCAUAUUCUAUUGCAAGAUCGCCUUCUUGGACUGAGGGUAUCAGUUCUUCUGCUGUCCGUAGGAAGAAAGUGAAGGAUGUCUCAGAGUACAUGAUUAAUGCUGCUAAAGAAAACCCACAGUUAGCUCAGAAACUUCAUGAUGUAUUGUUAGAAAGUGGUGUUGUGGCACCACCAAACUUGUUUUCUGAAGUAUGCGGUGAACAACCAGAAGCUGCGAUAUCUGAGGGCAUGAAUCUGAAUGAAGGUAAGGAUGAAGUGAAAAGAUGGAAGCAUGGGUUUAAACAUAUGACUCAAGCUGAUAAGGGUCAUGGUCCUUUUUUGCCUCAUCUGCCUAGCCAAGAUGUCCAGCGAAAAGUGGUCCCUUCCAGGUUACCAGUAGAUGCACUGAAGCCUGUGGAGGGUUUGGGGCUUUAUUCUCCUCAUGAUUUUCAGGAAGCAUCUGCCUGCAAUCCUUGUUCAUCUCGAUCUGGAGAUGCUUCUGCACAGUUGCAGGAGGCUUCACUGCAGUUUAUAAAACACAUGCCUGUUGCUGCUGCAGCUGCAACAGCUGCCGUUGUUGCAUCAUCAGUGUUUGUUGCUGCAGCUAAAUCAAAUACUGACAUAACUUUGGAAGUUCCUGUUGCUGCAGCAGCCACUGCCACUGCUGCUGCAGUAGUAGCCACAACUGCUGCUGUCAACAGGCAACAUGAGAAUUUGGAGUCAUGUGCUUCUGAGCCUGCUGUAUCUGGUGGUUGUCAUGAUAUUGAUUCAAUGGAGAAAAAUGAAGAUCUGGGUAUUGGGCAGGUAGGAAGUGGUCGUGGGGAUUAUUGUGGUCUUGGGAAGGAAGAGGAUGCUAGUGAAAAUCAUCCAGAAAUGGAAAGAAGUUCUGAAAAGUCAACUGGCACUGAGAGUGCAAAAUCUGAUAUUGCUAUUGACGAUGUUGCAGAAUUUGAAAUACCAUGGGAGGACAUUAUUCUUGGCGAGCGUAUAGGGCUUGGGUCUUUUGGGGAGGUGUAUCGGGGAGAAUGGCAUGGAACAGAGGUUGCUGUUAAAAAGUUCUUGCACCAAGAAAUUUCCAGUGAUGCUCUUGAAGAAUUCAGAAGUGAGGUCCGGAUAAUGAAACGAUUACGCCAUCCAAAUGUUGUUCUCUUUAUGGGAGCUGUAACACGCGUGCCUAAUCUUUCCAUUGUUACCGAAUUUCUUCCUAGAGGUAGUUUGUUCCGGUUGAUUCACCGACCCAAUAAUCAAUUAGAUGAAAGAAGGCGUUUAAGGAUGGCACUUGAUGUUGCUCGUGGAAUGAAUUAUUUGCAUAAUUGUACACCUGUGAUAGUACAUCGCGAUCUGAAGUCUCCAAACCUUCUUGUUGACAAAAAUUGGGUUGUCAAGGUUUGUGAUUUUGGUUUAUCUCGAAUGAAGCACAAUACGUUCUUGUCUUCAAGGUCAACAGCUGGAACGGCUGAGUGGAUGGCACCAGAGGUACUAAGGAAUGAACCUUCAGAUGAGAAAUGUGAUGUUUUUAGCUUUGGUGUCAUAUUAUGGGAGCUAUGUACCUUGCAACAGCCAUGGGAAGGAAUGAACCCAAUGCAAGUCGUUGGUGCUGUUGGGUUUCAGCACCGUUGCCUCGAUAUUCCAGAUGACAUAGAUCCUGUCAUUGCUGGCAUAAUAAAAAAGUGCUGGCACAAAGACCCAAAGAUGCGGCCCUCAUUUUCUGAGAUCAUGGCAGCCUUGAAGCCAUUGCAGAAACCUGUUUCUAGCGCCCAAGUUCUGAAGCAGCGAGUACUGGUGGCACAGUAAAGAGAAACGGGAAUCAUAGCGAGCGCAGGAAGGAACAAAUGCUGAAGGUGUUAUCCGAAAAACCAUUCAGUGUUUGAGGAUGCCAUCUUGAAUUGUUUGCUGCAGUUCUUGUAACAAUUUCACUGUAUUUUAUAAAAUAAGAUCUGUGUGAGUUCUGGAGCAGAGGAGAUCAGUUAGUCAUGUACCCUACCUUCAGAUUUGUAAAAUUACAAGUACUGAUCGUUGUUUAACUGAUAAUCAAAGUUCCAGUUGCAUCAAUCUGUCAGCGAUCAGUGAGAACAGGAAUCCUCUUGUGAUAUACAGCUUCACAAACCAAGAUGAAGAAAUGAAGAAUAUAUUGGAUGAAACAAGCCGGAACUCAAGAAGCCCGCAUUUGUUUAGUGCCAUACAUUGCACAUCAUGGACUAUAUGAUUGGUUUCUCAAAACUGUUUCAGUUAUUAUUGUAAACUGAGAUGUCUAUACUACUCUCAGUAAAUCUGGAUUCCUUUGGACUUUUUGUCCAUCUUUUUUUUUUAAUAAACUAACGGGUUGUACACCCAAAAAGGGUGGUAAAACUUUUAGAUGCGUGCCAUUCUUUAAUCCAAUCUUGAGACUUCUUGCGUCA